AUGCUCAUAACCGAGGACCCCGAUGGUGAGCUUACCUCCACCUUGUCGAAACGAGGAGAAUACACUGUUCUGCCCGCAUUUCGUGGCAAUUCCUUUGGAUGGGAAAACAUACUCAAAGAGACUCCUGAUCUCAAGACACCCAGCCGGAUGCUCGUUGACAGCUCUCAACCUCGCUGGUUUUGCAGAGUAUGCAAGUUUGGUUGUGAUACCUAUCCUGAUUUUGCCUUGCAUCUAUAUGGAUAUGCUCAUGAAGAUCGGUUGGCUGGAUGUGCUUCCGUGCCUCUGGAUGAGUUUGAAAUCUACCAGGAGUAUCUGGACGACCUAGAGGAAGUGAGCCUCGCAGACCUUCUGCGAGUCAUAGAACUGGACGACCCCUUACCGGUUGCGGUUUCAGGACCUAGUGAGAAAGAUGCUUCCCGGAAGCUCCCCAAGCCAAUGCUGAAGUGGAAGAACAUAGUGGUUUCAGGACCUAGUGAGAAAGAUGCUUCCCGCAAGCCAAUGUUAAAGGAAGUAAAGAAGGUGAUGCAAUCAGAGAAGGUCCCCAAGCAAAUGUUGAAGGCGAAGAACAAAGAUGAAGUAAAGAAGGUGAAGCAAUCAGAGAAGGAAAACCGCAAGCAAAGGUUGAAGGCGGAGAAGGAAGAACUUCUACUGAAAAAGAAGUUAGACGAACUGACUUUGGUCCAAAUGCAUUUCGAAGAAUUGAAAAAAUUGGCUAGAAAGGUUUUUGACUCGUCCACGUCUCUUAUUGGCCAUCGAGACAUCCCGUGUGUGGCACUUCUUCUCGUUGCUUCAGCCUCAAAAUCCAUGUGA